AUGCUCUCCAUUAUUCCCGUCACCCUCCUCAUCCUCACCUCCUACCUCGUAUACCGCGAUGUUAUUUACCCCUACUUCCUCUCUCCAUUAGCAUCUAUUCCCAACGCACACAUAACAUCCCCACUCUCCGGGCGCUGGAUCGACCACAAACGCAGUACAGGCACGGACGUCCUCACCAUCUACGACUUGCACCAAAAGCACGGCCCCAUCGUCCGUCUUGGCCCAAAGGAGCUGAGCGUUAAUUCUCUCCAUGGUCUGAGGAUAAUUUACACGGGCGCGUUCGAGAAACAUAGAUUCUACCAAGACGCCUUCGUCAAUUUCCACACCGAGAACAUGGUCGGCAUGGUGCACAAUGCGCCACAUGCGCAUCAAAAGUGCAUGCUGACCAAAACUUACUCAAAGUCAUUUCUCCAGGCAUCUGGUGAUCUGCGCACGAUUUCAAAGGUUAUUCUGUGGGACCGCCUGAUGCCUAUACUCAAGCAGGCUGGGGAGAAAGGAGAGGUGUUGAAUGUGCUGCCGCUCUUCCAGGCUGUUGGGAUGGACUUUAUCUCCUCUUUCCUGUUUGGGUUGAGGCCAGGAACCAGAUACUUGCUUCGUAUUCCCGAGUGGAAGGUGUGGCUUGGGGAAUAUGAAAAGUUCAAAUAUUUGAGUCGGCACGACCGGUAUAUGGGAUUCAUUGAAAAUUGGUGCAUGGGGCUUUGCAAGCGAAUGGAGGCACAUGAAAAUUUGGAUGUUUGCAGAGAUGAAGAGAAACUGCCCCUCACGAAUCCAAUAGUGUACAAUCAGCUGCGCCAGAGCCUCCUCGCUGAGGAAGAACAUGAUCCGCGUCCGCUGAACCUAGCAAUUGCGUCUGAACUGCUGGACCAUCUGGUUGCAGGCCAUGAGACGACAGGCAUCACCUUCACGUACAUGAUGUGGGAGCUGUCACAGCAUCCGGAGCUUCAAGUAGAGCUGCAAAAGGAACUACUCACCUUAUCUCCGUCCCUCAAAUACCAAGAAGCAGACGGAGAGAAGCCUCUUCCCUCCCCUUCCGCGAUCGACGCCCUCCCCUUGCUGGACGCCGUGGUUCGCGAGACACUCCGUAUUCACUCCCCUGCCCCAGCCCAACUUCCCCGCGUUACCCCAAAUACGAAAAAUGGAACUUCCUUGCACGGGUACGACCACAUCCCCGGCGAUGUGAUGGUCAGUUCAACCGCCUAUUCUCUCCACCGCAUCAGCGAGGUCUACCCGCGGCCGCUGGAAUGGCUGCCCCAAAGAUGGCUGGAACCAGGCGACAAAAUCCACGACAUGAGACGGUUGUUCUGGCCAUUCGGGAGCGGCGGACGCAUGUGUUUGGGGAGCAAUUUUGCGUUGCAAGGUAUGCCUCAUAUUUAUGGUUUCGGAGCAGAGACUAAUGGAGCAGUGAUCAAAUUGGUAAUGGCGGCUAUAUACUCGAAUUACACGACAGCGAUUGUAGACGAUGAGGACAUCGAGCAGGAAUUCGCGUUUAUCGCGCUGCCGCGCGGGCGAAAUCUGACGUUGAGAUUCAUCCCGGUCGGAUAA